AUGGCGCCCUCUGCCAUCGACGACCGAGUGCCUCAGGCGCCCCAAGAAAAGACGUAUCCACCGGCCAAGAUUUUCCCCGUCAAAGAGACCAAGUUUGAAAAGUUCAUCGAGCCCCAGACCGACGGCCGAAAGAAGGCUCUUGAGCAGCCCGGCAAUGCUGCCAUCGUGAUAGACAAUGGCUCCUCCGCCGUUCGGGCAGGAUGGUCCUUUGAGGACGCGCCCCGUCUCAACAUUCCGCCCAUCAUGGCCAAGUACCGCGACAGAAAGCUCGGAAAGACGUUCUCCUUCGCCGGCUCCGACUGCUAUGCUGAUACGACGGCGCGCGGGCAUAUCCGAAACGCCUUCGAGGCCGGCACCGGCAUCAUAAGCAACUGGGAUGUGGCGGAGCACGUGCUGGACUAUGUCUUUCUGAAGCUGGGCAUGAACGAGGCAGACGGCGCCGUCGACGUGCCCAUUGUCAUGACAGAAGCGGUCGCAAACCUGCCGUACUCAAGAAAAUGCAUGACCAUGACCGAAAUCAUCUUUGAAUGCUACGGCGCUCCGUCCCUCGCGUACGGCAUCGACUCGCUCUUCUCAUACAGGCAUAACAAGGGAAAGACGGGCCUGGUCAUUUCCUCCUCCCACACCUCCACGCACGUCAUCCCCGUCUACAACUCCAAGGCACUUCUCUCUCAGGCCACGAGACUGAACUGGGGCGGCUACCAUAACGCUGAGUACCUGCUCAAGCUGAUACGGUUAAAGUACCCUGCCUUUACUGGUAAACUCAACCAAUCACAGGCGGAACACAUGAUACAAGACCAUUGCUACGUCUCAACAGACUAUGACAAUGAGAUCCGCAAUUAUCUCAACUGGGAGGGGCUAGAAGAUCGAGACAUCGUGAUCCAGUAUCCGUACACGGAAGAGGUGGUCGUCCAGAAGAGCCAGGAGGAGCUGGACCGCAUCGCGGAGCGCAAGAAGGAGAGCGGACGAAGGCUACAAGAGCAGGCGGCCAAGAUGAGGCUCGAGAAGCUCAUGAAGAAGGAGCAGGAUCUCGAGUACUACAAGAACCUGCAGGGCCGGAUAACGGAUGAGACGAAAAAGGAGACGCGACGUCUUCUCGACAGCCACGACAUUAAGGAUGAGGCACAGCUCGAGAAGAUCAUCAAGGAGCUGGAAAAGUCCAUCAGGAAGGCCCGCACCAAGGAUCUCGGCGGCGAUCCCGAGGAAGAACAAGAGCAGCCGGACUUUAGCCUCCUGGAUGUCCCGGACGAGGAGCUUGACGAGGCCCAGCUGAAGCAGAAGCGGCAGCAGCGUCUCCUCAAGUCCAACCACGAGGCCCGCGCCCGCGCAAAGGCCGAGAAGGAGGCCGAGAAGGCUCGCAUCGCCGAGGCAGAGCGGCUUGACCAGGAGCGUCGCGAGAACGACCUGGAAGGGUGGCUGGAGGAGAAGCACCAGGCCCUGCAAGAGACGUUGCAGAAGAUCAAGGAGCGCGACAGGCUGAAGCAGGACCUGGGCAACCGCAAGUCGCUGGCGUCGCAGAUCCGCAUGAAGAGCAUCGCCAACCUGGCGUCGGACAACCCGACCAAGAAGCGGCGGCGCGGGGGCGACGACGACAACUUUGGCGCCAACGACGACGACUGGGGCGUGUACCGGCAGAUUGCGGUGGGCGACAACAGCGACGAGGAGCAGGAGGAGGAAGACCUGGCGUCGACGCUCAAGUCGCUGGAGCAGGACCUGCUCAAGUACGACCCCAACUUCACGUACGACGCCUUUGCGCGCGGCCCCCGGCCCUUUGACCCGUCGUCGCAGGCGGAGCUGCACCAGAUCCACCUCAACGUCGAGCGCAUCCGCGUGCCCGAGGUGGUCUUCCGGCCGUCCAUUGCCGGCGUCGACCAGGCGGGCAUCAUUGAGAUUGCGGGCGACGUGCUGACGCAGCGCCUGGGCGGGCUGCCCAACCGGGACGACUUCCUGCGGGACAUUUUCCUCACGGGGGGCAACACGCUGUUCCGCGGCUUCGACGAGCGCGUGCGGGACGGGCUGAGGGCGCUGCUGCCGGCGGAGGCGCCGCUGCGGGUGCGGAGGGCCGAGGACGCGCUGCUGGAUGCGUGGAAGGGGGCUGCCGGGUGGGUUGGCACGGCGGCCUGGAAGUCGGCGGCGAUUUCGAGGGAGGAAUAUCAGGAGAAGGGGCCGGAGUAUAUCAAGGAACACGACAUGGGCAACUCAUAUGCGUGA